AUGAGUAACAAGUCUGGUGAUAGUAGUGCUAGUGGUGGUGGCUGUCGAACUUUAUUACGACUCCGUCCUGUAGAUUGGCUUGAAGAGGCUGAUCGACAAUUAUACUUGACAACGUUAAGUACCGGCAAUAAUAAUGAUAGUCGACAACGUCGACGCAUCGAUUUUGUUCUUGUUUAUAGUCUUGGUGUACGUGAUUCAGCAGUUAAUAAACAACGUCGACAAGCAUUUCAACAUAAACUUGAAUCAGUUGGUUUUAUAAUAGAAGAACAAGAUAUUGUGGGAGCAUUGGAAUCAAGACAUAAUGAUGAUAAUGAUGAUGAUGCCAAUGAUGAAUUAACUAGUACUCGAUUAUUCAGUCGUCGUGGUCGUAAAGCUAAACAACAACCACCACAACAACAAUCUGUGAAACGUUUCGUUCGUCUUCACGCACCAUUUGAACUUCUUCUCGAAUUAGCCGAAAAAACGAGAAUGAAAUUGCCAAUAGAAGAAAAUCGCACGCCAUCAGUUCCAAAAAUGCCGUUUGAUUAUCUUAUGUCAUGGUUACCAUUUACAAAAAUUGAUUGUACGCUGUUUCCACCAGAACAACAUUAUUUUCUAGCUGAAUAUAGUAAAACAUUACGAUAUCGAUUUGAACCAUUAUUUGAUACAGUACGUGGUAAUUCACGUGAUUUAUACUUUACACCUGCACAACGUAGUCGUCUUGUCUAUGAUUGCUUAUUACGUACACCAUUUGAGACAACAAUAGAAUCUGAAACAGAAGAACAACAAGUUUUACAAGGUACAGGUGAUGUAAAAGAAAGACGUGUCUUGGAAUUAGAAAAAAUCUUUACGGGAUCAUCAACAAGUUCAGGUAUUGAACUUUUACUUCGUGAUCAAGUUUAUGAUGAUUGUUAUCCAUUACAUGCACCAUUAUUAAAACGUAUUGAACCACAUAUGAUUCCAUCUUGGAUUAUGAUGAAAGGUGAACAUCGAAACACAUUUGAUCGAAUGAAACUAUGGUGGUAUUGGAGUCGAAUAAGUAAUGUGUUUAAAGAUCAACCAGUAAGUCAUAUCAAAGAUUAUUUUGGCGAACAUGUUGCAUUAUAUUUUUGUUGGUUACGAUGGUAUAUUCAAAUGUUACUUCUUCCAUGUGUACUUGGUCUUUCAGUUUUUUUCUAUGGUCUUUGGGCAAUGAAACAUGAUGUACCCACGUCACAAUGA